GAAAGCGCGUGUUGGUGCUUCCAUGAAGAGCGUCAGCUAUCCUGUUUAUGUUCAUUUAAUCCAAGUUAACGGUGAAGUGGAAUAUGCUAAGUGUUCUUGUAAGGCUGGCCAAGGAGGUUGCUGCAAACACGUAGCUGCUCUAUUGUACACUAUUUUGGACUUUGUCAAUCUGAAUUUGAAACACGUUCCUGUGGAAUUGACAUGCACACAACUUCCUCAAAAAUGGAGUGUGCCCUCUGGAAGCUCAAAGACCCUGGACAAAGGUGUUAAAUUUGAAGAAAUGCUAUUUGAAAAAGUUGAUGUGAACAAACCUGCCAAAAGGUAUAUUGUAAAAGGGAGUAGGGAAGACUAUUGUGCUACUCCACCAUUUGCUCGGACUGUGACUGCAGAAGAAAUUAAGUCUAUGGCAAAUGCAUUUGAGAAAGCCAAUUGCGCUUCACUAUUUCGUGAAGCUAUAGCCUCAAAUAACUAUAAGCCAUGUGAACUUUUCGAGACAUCUUGUAAUCAGUUGCCAAAAUAG